CUUCCUGUUCCUUACUUCCGGCCGCCGUAACUCUGCACUUGAAAACCGAGCGACAGGAGUGUGUGACGGAGAGGUGUUGCAACUGUGUUUAGUCCGACAUUUCAGUGCAAGACUGAGCCAAAUCGGCUAUUAUUAUUUGUGGAUCCCUGGAUUUGUAAUUUGGAUUACAGUUUUCUUUUACAAAGCCAGAGCCAGCCCGACCACACCUGACAGAGCGUUUUUAAAGCGUUUCUGAGCGGCAGUAAAGGGUGUGAGAGGGCAUGGCAGCUCCACGGCCCAUUAAAGGCAUUUUGAAAAAUAAAGCCAGCACCAAAGUAUAUUGUGAAGUUCCAGUGGAGAGCACAGAGCCCACAGGAUCCGGCUUGACCGAGGAUGAUCAACAGAAGAAGUCACAGAAAUGGGACGAAAUGAACAUCCUGGCCACUUAUCACCCAGCUGAUAAAGACUACGGUCUGAUGAAAAUUGAUGAACCGAGUACGCCGUAUAACCGGAUGGUAGGUGAAGACGAUGACGAAGAAGUAAACAGCGAUUCAGAAAGUAACGCAGCUCUCACUGUGGACGACCUUACCAAAAAACUGGCAGCAGCUGAAAGUUCGGGUCCUCGGUGUAUGAGGGAGGAGGAAGAGGAGGAGGAGAGCAGUGAGGAUGAAGAGCAGCUCAGUCCCGAGGAACAGGCAAAAAAGAAGCAGUUUGAGAUGAUGAGAAAGAUGCAUUAUAAUGAAGGACUUAACAUUAAACUGGCCAGACAGCUGAUUGCCAGAGAGCUUGAGGAGGAAGAGGAAGAUGAGGAGGAAGAUGAGGAGAUGAAGGAUGACACAGAGACAGAGGAUAUUAAUGUAGACCCUCCUCAAGAUGCAGAUUCGCUCGAGUCGUAGGCGAACAAACGUGAUGCUUUGAGAAGAGUCUUGGAGGCUGUGAUUGAGGACGUGCUGCUCCCUGAUGUUCCUUUUGUAUUCGACACGCGCUGCAACGCAAAACCACACCGACCCGCCGGCUGCUCCGCCUGUUGCCAAGAGUGUGUCGUGUUACUUUUGUCUCGCAAGAAACAAGGGCCUAAAGACUUAUUAGAGAGGCAAAGUCAUCAACGAUAAACAAGCCACUGCUUUUACAUUAUAAAUUGUACACACACCCACCAAAACUGCAGCGUUAAUACAAGCAAACAAAUCCCCACGUAUAGUGUACUACUCCCGCCUGAAGAUGGCGUAAUCAGUAUUUUUUCGUGUUAAAUUGGCGUCUAUACGCAUAACUCAGCUUUAUAUUAAUGUUUUAAUCAUUAAAAUUUCAUUUGAAUUUGGAUUGACAACGACGUCUCCUUGAGUGAACAUGUCACCAGUCAGAUGUCUCUACAAACACAAACAGAAGCUUUGCUCUCCAUGUUAAAAAAAUAAUUAAAAAAAAAAAAACAGCUGUCAGUCUUGGAUGGUGGUUGGGCUACAAAAAAAAACCCAUCUAAUGUACUAAAAGUACAUUACUCAAAGCACACUAGCUGAAUAGGAUUUAAGCCAACGUGGGUGUUUAGUUGGCAUUUGUACAUUUAUUUAAGCUUGUAUUCCUUUGUGGCACCGCUGUAUCACUAAUAGUGAAUCGGUUUUGAAAUGGCGUCAAAUAUGGAAUCAUUUUUGUGCCAAACGUGUUUAGGCUAACGAGCUUUUUUUGUUUGUUUUUUUGUUUUUUUUUUUCCCCUCUGGAGCUUUUUCUAAUGAUAAUUGGAACUAGCAAGUUACAAAAAAAAAAAUAUAUAUAUAUAUAUAUAUAUAUAUAUAUAUAUAUAUAUAUAUAUAUAUAUAUAUAUAUAUACGUAGCAUUUCAGCAAUUGUUUUCCAAUGAUCGCAAAUUAAACGUUAAAAAUAGAUUUUUAUUUCAAAACUUUUCGAGGCUUUUUUUUUUUUUAACCCCCAGAAAUAAAAAAACCUUUUUUGUUUGAAUAAAUUAAACAUGAUUUGCUUCCAGGAACAUGAAAUUUUGCAUCCACCUCUUUAGAUUUUGCUUCAUGUCCAAAUCAAGAUGGCGCCUCACCAUGUGAAUUUGCCAAUCCUGAAAGUGUGGAGUGAUUCUUAAACCAGCUUUUUACCUCAGAUUAUUUCUAUAGUAAAAGCUCAUUCACUGGUGGGUUUUCCCACAUAAACCGAUUUAAAAGUGUGUCGACGUUGAUACGAUGAUGUUUUCUGUGAGGAAACUUUAAUUUCACUUUCUCUGGUGUCAGCCUUUUGUAACAGACAGAGAUUAAGCUAUAUGUUUUCAGGAGAGAGAUUUUUUUCCUGGUGGUUUAUCUUUGUGAUUUAUCAGUAAAAUGAUAUGGAAAUGUCAUCAGCUUAAUUUAAACUGAAAUUGAUUUCCUGAAACACUGAAUGUAACUAUGAACUGAUAAAUUAUGAUGUGAUGUACUUUAAUAAAUGCAUAUGAAUUAUUAACUUAUGGUGAAUUGCUGUGGUAUAAGAGGAAUGAAACACUAAGAGGGGAAAAAAAUCAAUUUUCAUGAUUGAAUAUUUUUGGCACUUAAAUGACUCCAUAAUGAACUUUUGAGUGUUUGUGCUAAAAGGUUUAAACGUGGGAACUGUUCUUAAAGGUUGCUAGGUGUGCGAGUGAAAUAAAAGGAACAGAUAGAAAUGACAUGUACAUGAAAUCCUUUCGUUCUUUAGGUUUGGGAGAUCAAGUUUUCUCCUCGUCCUUUGGCACUAGAGCUAACAUAAUUGAUAUGUAAACUAAACAGCAAGCCACCACUUUAGCAUUGUGCAUCCUGCAUACCUUUUGAAAGGGAUUUUGUGUACACUUUAUUUUUGACUGUUUUUUAUUUGUACUGUAUGAACAGCUAAUGAAUUUUGUGCUUGAUUACUUGAGGGCUAAUUACAGCUGUGCCUGAUCUUAUGGAUUUAAUGGUUCAUAACAUUUGUCAAGGUUAACUGCCUAAACUGCUGAAGUUGAAAGGAAUUGAAAUCCCAAAUGCUAGUUUGUGAGGAUAUCAAUAGAAAAAAAAAUAAUUAACCUGACUGCUCAAACACACUGCUGUGUGUGUGUGUGUGUGUGUGUGUGUGUGUGUGUGUGUGUGUGUGUGUGUGUGUUUAUGAUGGAGAGAUUAAUACUUGCAUUUGGAAUGUAGCUGCUUUAUCCUUAACAUUUUAACUUUUUUUUUUUUUUCCAUGUUUUACACAUUGACUCUUUUCAGUCACACCAGUUUUCCUUGGCAAUUGUUCAACAGCAGGUUUUCUUUUUUUUCUUACUUUAUAUACAUUUUGCAUUUAAGUCUUAAUUUUGUGUGUACUGAUAUUUAUUAUUAUUAUUAUUAUUAUUGUGAAUGUUGGUUAAUUAUUUUGCUGGGGUUCUGAUAUAUUGAUACAAAGUGCCACAGUUUGCUCUCUAAACUAGUUUUUACCGCUAACAAGCUCCCUAAAGUAUGACGGAAUAAAACCCAGCAUCUAACAGUUCCCCUGUCCUGCUACACCCACGUCACCUGGUGGACAUGCAAGGGAGUGAAGGGGGGGAGAAUGAGGGAAUAUAUAUGGGUGUGAAAUGGGACAAUUGUUCAUUGAGUGAUUGAUGAAAUGUCAGUUACUGUGUGACACUGUGUGAAAGAGGGAAAAAGAAAGUUGAUAGAGGAAAUGUUUAAAAAAGCAAGUCCAUAAAGAGUCAAUGAAUGAGCAAAGGUAAAAGGACAAAGGUAGCAAGUGAUUUGAGAGAAUGUAGGAUUAGGAGUACUUAUUCAAAUGAGUCUAAAAUAAGGACCUUUUGUAGACUUCUCACACCGAUUUCUGAAUAAGACCGACUUUUAUACUAAGACUAUGUCCUGUCCAUUCCUAGACCUAUCAUAUCCUUCCUUUUUCUUCCCUUAAAUACUUUCCAGGAAGUCCAGAUGUAGUCAAGUGUAUAGACUUGUCUAAUACCUGAAGUGUUCUGCCUUUGUUUUGGCACAAAUGUAUAUAAUACAUGAUGGAAGUCAGUCAACCAUCUUCACAGUGGGACUUUCUGAUACUGACUGAAGUAUGUAUGCGUGUACCGAUAAUUCUGCAUUAUUUUAUUGUGAUGCCCUUUAUCUUGGACAAUUGAAGUUUGGUAUUACUCAACCUGCUUAGGCCGCACAUCUAAAUUAUUCUAUUCUUAAAUGUGAAUAUACUAUACUAUACACUAUAAAGAUUAAUAAGGAGAAUGGUCACUUGGACUUAUUUACAAAAAACAGUUUGGCUGACUUCCAUUAAGCUUCAAGAGCCUGCAGAAUUGAGUUAAAAAAAGACUCAGAACAUCAAACAUGCCUGUAGUCUGAAGUCCUACUCAAGCAUUGGCACUCAGUUUAUAAUAGCAGCAUGUAAUUCAUUUGCCUUUUGGUAUCCUAACACAGGAAACACUCAUUGUUGUAGGUGUGCAGCGUGUGGGUGUAUGAGAGAGAAGAAACAGCAUGAAAGAGCAAGAACAAUCUUUAGUGUUGCCAGUAUUGCUGUAAGACACUAAAAAAAACACAUUUAUGAACUUAAGAUCGAAUAAAAGUGCAGGACACUUGAACAGAUUAAGUUCAGUCUGAAUUUCUGAUCUUUAUGAAAUAUUCUUUUAGUUUUGUUUUCUGUCCUGGAUCCUGAAGAAAAAAGAAAUCUGAAAAAUGUUUAUCCAUUACACCAGAUUUUCUAAGGUUUUGUGUUUGUGAGUGGAUGUAAGGAAUAAAAUUGGAUGUAAAAUCUUGUUUAAUUCUGUAAAUGCUUAUAUCCAUACUCUAUAUUUUUUUUACUUUUUGCAUUGGUUGCCUUUUAUCUUCUUUUGUCCCUCUUUUUAUUUUAUGUCCUGAGAAACAAAAAGUAGAUAUGCAUAUUUUUUUUUUUUUUUUUUAUGAAGUGUGAAUGCAUGUCCAUCAUGACAAGGUGUUAAUUAUAUGUCAUUAAUAAAAUGUGUCAGUUUGACCUUUCAA